AUGACACUCAUCAAAGAUCCUGCUGGCUCUCAGGGAGAGUCCAUCACUGCCAAUGGGGCCCACUACUACAGGGGAAACACUCAAGUAACCCAGCAGCCAACAUCGCUAACAGGUUCACCUGAGCUGGCCUAUAAGUACGCAGGACCACCAGCCUCUAGAUCAGGCUCCGGGACUCAUCAAACAACCUACAGUGAGAGACCAGCAAAGACUCAUACUGAAUCAUCGACGAACCAUUACUAUCAUAACGAUGAGGACUCGCUCUCCAGUGAUGACAGGUCGGAGAUACCUAUCCAUGGAGAAACCCCCGGCAUAUCGCAUGAUUCUCCAAAACAAUCGGUAAACGGAAGCGAGAAUCGAACCGUGGCUAUCAAAAAUGUCCCUGACAGAGCUACUCACAGAGACAUCACCGCAGCUGUACGAGGAGGUGCUCUGGUGGACGUCUUCCUCCGAUCUAGGGACCACAUGGCUAGUGUCUCUUUUGCAGAUACCAAGGCGGCACAGGACUUUUAUAACUAUGCCAAACGAUGCAAUCUAUGCAUCCUCGAUAGACCGGUUGAUGUAUCCUGGGCUGAGCGCCAGUACUCACUGUCAUCAUAUCUUGCAUCUCAAAUGACCAACGGAGCCUCCCGCAACCUCAUCAUUCGCGGAGUGCAUCCAAACGUCACCGAGGCCAUGAUCCGCGAGGACAUGAAGCAUAUUCAUAACCUCAUCAUCGUCAGCCUCUCAUUCAACCACGGAAACGUCUAUAUUUCCACCAACUCCGUUCAAAAGGCCACUUUCGCCCAUAACUGCAUGAUGUCUCGCAUGCCAUACCGUAUCAUGAGGAUCGAAUACUACCAUGACGAAUGUGCCGAUCCUCUUCCCAGAAUCAAAGAAGUUCACACCAGGGGCCCAUCACGCCCAACAGCUAAACCAUUGAACCCCAUGGCCAAUCGAUUCCAGAUGCUCCAUCUCGACGACUCUGAAGAGGAAUCAGAUAACCAGGACGAAAUGGAAAGCAAUGGGCCUCUGGGAGAUAAAAUCAGCUGGCGAAACAACACCAUUGCCGUCUAG